AUGGCAUCAUCAAAUUCACCAUGUGCAGCAUGCAAGUUUCUGCGGCGCAAAUGCCAGCCAGAGUGUGCAUUUGCACCAUACUUCCCACCUGAUCAGCCUCAAAAGUUUGCAAAUGUUCAUAGAAUUUUUGGGGCAAGCAAUGUCACAAAGCUUCUCAAUGACUUGCACCCUCACCAACGUGAAGAUGCUGUCAAUUCCCUUGCUUAUGAAGCUGAGAUGAGGCUCCGUGACCCUGUCUAUGGCUGUGUUGGAGUCAUCUCUCUCCUUCAACACCAACUUCGCCAGCUCCAAAUGGAUCUUUAUUGUGCCAAAUCCGAACUCUCUAGGUACCAAAACUUGAGCAUCACCACCAACCACGGCCUCAUAACAGCAGAAUCUGCUGCUACUACUUACCACCACCCGCAGAACGCAGGUGGUGGUAAUAACCGUGAUCACCACUACCAUCAUCACCAUCAUCAGUUCUUUCCAAGGGAGCAGUACCAACAACAAAUGGUUAGAAGCUUUGAUGCAGGGAACAAUUAUGAUGCUAGUCUCUUGGCCAUGAACAUAUCUGCUAGCUUAGGGCAACUCAAUCAGCUUCAACCUGCUAGCGGGGGUGAUGACCGCCGCGCUGUCAACCGCUCUUAG